CCAUGGGUCCGGAAUCCCCUCUUCCUUUUCCAGCUGAAUUCGGUAGCGUUGAUGAAUAUGUGAACUCACUUCUAGAAUUCACGACAUCGUCAUGGCUCUUACAGACUCUUUGUGGAGGGGUUCACAUCCUGGAUUUCUACACGAGAACGCCGGAUCUCUAUGCCGCCAUACUCCCUAAGUCAUGGAGAACAUGGUUCAAAGCACGGGAUAUAAUGGAUAUCCUGGACCUAUUAAUGAGAGAGGAUCUAAGCCAGUUUGACGCUGGUAAGGAGCAAAGCUACCAUUCAACAUGGCGCGGAGGCGUGACUCCUCCAGACGAUCUACUGCAAUAUCUGAAGGACGUGCGCAAGCACCUCUUGGGAAGGUCCUUUCUUCCCUCGUCCAGCCAGAGCAAAAUAGCUCGUCACAUUGCCGUUGGUAUGAAGGUCAAGAAAGUCCACGAAGUCGACAACUUUGCUCGCUAUGUUGACCAACUGACUUCAGAAGUAGCAGCAGCUAGGAACAAAGAGAUCACACAUCUGAUUGAUUUCGGCUCUGGGCAAAAUUAUCUGGGGCGAGCUCUUGCAGCGCCGCCUUACUCGAAACAUGUUAUUGCCGUGGAAAGCAAAUCACACAACAUUGAAGGCGCAAAGAAUAUGGACGUUCUCGCAAAGCUGGUUCCAAAACCAUUGGUGAUGAGGAAUAAGAAAGAGUACCGCGCAAGACUGAAGAAGCAGAAGAAAGCUGCAAAAUCGGAGCCGAACGAAUCUGGGCCAUCCCCAAUACCUGAUCAUCAGAGACUCGAAUCAGGGGGCAAUUUAUGCAACUUAGAUGGCCGCAAACAGACGUCAGCAGGGGAGGCUGUUCACCUGGAUGACCAAACUCUGGAAAAUUCCGAAGCCAGCCAAAUCAGGACAGCCACAACUACGCUCCAAGUCUACACCGACGGCCAUGGAAGUGUCCAGUACGUCGAACACCGUAUCAGAGAUGGUGAUCUCGGAGCCGUUAUUUCACAGAUUCUCGAUAGCUCCCAGAUUGAGGACAACAGCGUAAAAGCAAUAUCUAACGACGUUGAAGAGGCUUCUAAUCUCAACACCAUGCUAAAACUUGCUGAACCAAACCUUAUGGUGAUUUCUCUCCAUUCCUGCGGCAAUCUUGUUCAUCACGGUUUGCGGUCGCUUCUUCUAAACCCUUCCAUAUCUGCCGUGGCGAUGGUGGGGUGCUGUUAUAAUCUUGUGACUGAGCGACUUGGUCCUCCAACGUACAAGCUUCCGACCUUAAGACCAAACCAUCCUCGUCUUUUUUCUACAGCCAAUGCUUUUGAUCCCCACGGGUUUCCAAUGUCAGAGCGAUUAGCAACCUACCCGUUACCGCGCACUCCAAUGUUCUACGCGGACGGUGUCGACACCUCACCUGAGAGCUCCAAAGGAAUCCGUCUUAACAUCACAGCACGGAUGAUGGCUGUGCAAGCACCACAAAAUUGGGGCCCUACCGAUAGCGAACUCUUCUUCACUCGGCACUUCUAUCGUGCGCUCCUUCAACGUAUUUUCCUCGACCGAGGUGUCGUUUCCGCACCCGUGGAUCCGGAAGACAUUGUUGGCGGCACCGUCUCCGCCUCUGGACACACCAGCAAGGUAACCUGGACACCUCCCAAUGGCCGAGGACCAGGCCUUAGCUCUAACGGGUCUACUACACCCCUCACUAUCGGCACACUGCGCAAAUUUGCUUACAGUGAUUUCGUCUCUUAUGUGCGGGCCGCCAUUGAAAAACUUACGACUCCUAAUUCAUUCUGUGAGAUUGAUCCAGAGUUUAUUGCGGAAAAGAUGGAGGGCUUGACGGACGACGAUAUUAAAGGGUACGAACAGAAGUACAAGGAAAAGAGAAAGGAGUUGAGUGUGAUGUGGAGUUUGAUGGCUUUUAGUGCUGGGGUGGUUGAAGCGGUGAUUAUUACAGAUCGAUUGCUAUGGCUUAAAGAGCAAAAGGAAGUGGAAGAAGCGUGGGUCGAACCGGUUUUUGAGUAUAGCCAGAGCCCAAGGAAUCUUGUUGUCGUGGGGAUUAAGAAGUAA